GGGGGGAUUUUAAUUUCGUCUCCUCGAGGGAAAAUGCUGCUUGCAAAGACGCAGCCAGGACAGCCCGCGUCAGAGAGGCUGAACGGGACUCGGUGGCACAGGCAUUCCGCCCCCACCCCACCCAGGGCCUGAGCGCCUGUGAAUGUAUUGAUUAUUUUAAUUGAUCUUUUAAAAUAAAAAAACAGGUGGCAGCGGCUGUGUGUGUACAUACAAACACGCACACGCACAAACACAGAUACCCAGGCGCGCACAGAUGCACGUACAGAGUCACACACAAAGAAACACACCAACACCCAACGGAUCCAUACACACGCAGCCCUCCAGAGCCUGAAGAAUGGCUGAGGUCUCCGAAAUUUCCUAAGGAGGUCUGAAGCAGAAAUCCCCAACUAGGGCCCGUUUCCACCACCGGGAGAAGAGCAGCCCUCUUUCAGCCCAGCCCAUCCGCAACCCCUGCAGAUUACUACUGAUUCCCUCUCUCCUUGCGCCUGACCCCAAAACUCCCAGGACGCCAAGGUCGCUCCAAACCCGAGGGAGCAGCCUCCCUGAGGCAUGUAAUCGAGGAUGCUGGCCCUGAGGCUGCUCAACGUGGUCGCCCCUGCCUACUUCCUGUGCAUCUCCCUGGUGACCUUCGUGCUGCAGCUCUUCCUGUUCCUACCCAGCAUGCCCGAGGACCCCGCGGCCACCCCUCUCUUGUCGCCAGCCCUGCUGCACGGGGCGCUCUUCCUGUUUCUGUCUGCCAACGCCCUGGGCAAUUAUGUCCUGGUCGUCCAGAACUCCCCGGAUGACGUGGGGGCCUGCCAGGGGCCUUCAGCCAGGAGGGCUUUGUGCCCCCCACCCAGCACUCACUUCUGCCGCGUGUGCGCCCGAGUCACGCUGAGGCACGACCACCACUGUUUCUUCACCGGCAACUGCAUCGGCAGCAGGAACAUGCGCAACUUCGUCCUCUUCUGCCUCUACACCUCCCUCGCCUGCCUCUACUCCAUGGUGGCCGGUGUGGCCUACAUCUCCGCUGUCCUCUCCAUCUCCUUCGCCCACCCCCUGGCCUUCCUCACGCUCCUGCCCACCUCCAUCAGCCAGUUCUUCUCCGGAGCUGUCCUCGGUUCUGAAAUGUUCGUCAUCCUCAUGCUCUACCUCUGGUUUGCCGUCGGUCUGGCCUGCGCAGGCUUCUGCUGCCACCAGCUGCUGCUGAUCCUCCGGGGGCAGACACGCCACCAGGUUCGAAAGGGGGUGGCAGUGAGGGCCCAGCCCUGGCGCAAGAACUUACAGGAGGUGUUCGGGAAGAGGUGGCUGCUGGGCCUGUUGGUCCCCAUGUUCAAUGUCGGAAGUGAGAGCUCUAAGCUGCAGGACAAGUAGCAGGCAGGCACUUGAUCAUUUCUCUCUGUGUGUGUAUCACUCCCUCCCGAACCAUUCCUCCUGAACGCCACCCAUGAUCCACUACAACCUUGGGGUAGUAAAGCCCGUGCACUCACUCCUGGUCUUCCACCCAUCGUGGAAGACCAGUGUAAGCUGGGGAAUCAUGACAGGGAGGAAAAUGGCCACCCAGGCAGUGGUAGUCUCCUCAGCAGCCAGCCAGGUGGCUUUAGCUCUUGUUCCUUCUCCUAGGGAAGCCUUCUUCCCCCUCUGCCUGGCCGGUCCACUUCCUGCCAUGUCUCUCGCAGCCCCUGCUGUGUGCUGGAACCCUUUACCUCACAUGGGGAAGAAGCAGUGGUUUCUCACUGCUGAUAAGACUCCCCAGGACCUGGAGGCUGGCAAAUGCUUAAAAUCACCACAUGUGAGAGGUGGCCAAGUCCACUCUGCCAACUGCCAGGAAAGUUGGGAAGUGGCAGGUAUGUGUCCUUGUCCCCUCUGUGGGAUUUUGAGCAGCGAGGGCAAAAAGAGCACAGGAGCUUGCUGCCCACAGCCCAGGUUCAAGGUCCUUGCUCUGGAGAUGGCAACCAAUGCCUGAUAUUUCCAGCUGCUAUUCCCUGUCCAGCCUGGCUUAACCAGCCACCCAGCCCAGUCUAGGGCCUGGCUGGAUGCUUCCUUUCCCUGGCAUUCAUCCAGCUUUUCCCUUUGAUUUCCAACCUCUGGACUUUUGCUUGAUGUUUGGAAGGAAAGGAAGAAAAGAGGGGAAGGGGAGCCAUCCAUAUGUGAGGAGGCAUGUGAUUGCCAUGCUGCGCAAAUGUACAGAAAGGGGAGGGGAGAGAGAGAGAGAGAGAGGGAGAGAGGGAAAGGUGGUAGUGAGAGGAGAGGGGCAUAUGGCCGCAUUUAUGCCCUGUAUAAAGGGCAUUCUAGCAGCUAAAGCUGUUCAGUGUUUUAAUGGCUGGCCGGGGAGGUAGUGAGCACUCCACGGCUGCAGGUCUCCAAGUUCUAGGCACUUAUUUGCCAGGUGUGCUGUGCAAGGGAUUUUUGCCCAAGGUUAUUCUAGAUGAGCUUAGAGAUUCUUUCCCAUUCUAAGAUUCUGGUGUCCUCUUUGUGACUGCUGGGCCUGGGGGCCAGACCUGCAGAGAUGAUUAUGAGCUAUUUGUUUUCAUGAGCAGCAGAGUGGCCACGGGAGGAGUCUGAAAAUCAUGAUGCAAAUUUUUGGACCCAACCCAGCCACCAAGGAGAGGACUGCCCCAGUGUAAAUAGUAGUUGAGAGGGCUGGGAUUGAGGACAAGGAGACAGAACAGGGUUGGGAUCAGGUGCAAGAAGAUGUGGGGAGGGAAAAGCCAGACCACACUCAACUCAAAGGGAGGAGAUGGGGGAGCAAAGGCUGGGGACGGGCAGGACCAGAACACAAAGUGCACCUGCCAGACUGUCCCUGCUCAUCCGACCAGCCCCGGAUGGAUGCAUUGCCAUGUGUGCUGGGACCCAGAGAAGCAGGCCCUUGGGACAUAUGAGGGGGUGGGGAUGACACAAGUGCCCUCUCCUGACUGGGUCCAAGGCCAAUCUGACAUCCAUACAAGCAGCAGGGCUGCAGCCCUUGCCCCGCAGAGCCCAGCGGGUGGCCACAGUGACUCUGGCUGUACAACACCAUGAACUCUCAGGCAGAGAUUGGGUGGAUGUUACCCAGGUCCUGCCUUCAUCCCCCUGGAGGACCACUGUUGUAACGGCUUAACUGCUCAUACUUUUCCCUCCCAUGUUCACUCUUUCAGUCAUCCAUUUGUUCAUCCUAAAUAUACUUACCAAGCGCCAACUAUGUGCCAAGUUUCAGGCACUAGCAAUGCAGCGGUGAACAGGACAGUGAGGUCCCUGCCAUUAGGGGACCAUUGCUAUUGCCCCCUCUCUGCACUGAAUCCUAUCCUUUGACAAAGGGUCUGUCUGCCUUCUUGGUGGUUCCCCACUUGGAGGAGAAGGAUGUGGCAGGGAGGGCUGAUGGGGAGCCCAGGCGUUCUCAGUGGAAGAGUCCUGGGGGUAUCCUUACUCCCAAGUCUGGCUAUACUUAAGCAGGGAGAGUGGCAAAGGAGAGGGAGGAGGCCUGGACAAUUCAGGCCGUGGGUGUCUCGUGGCUGUAGAGUUCAGCUUGGAGGCCAGAUCUGCCAUGUCCAGAGACUGCUCCAUGAGUCUGACAUGCUGGGGUGGGGUGGGAGGGAAGAUACUGGUCCCUGGGGGUGACUGGGGAGGAGGUUGCCAGGUGUGAGACUUCAGCACCAUUUGUGAACAUGGCCCUGUAUGUAUUGUUGAUGAAGACCAUCAAUAAAAUGUGUGGUUUUAAUCGGAUUUCAUACCAUCGCACGGGCACUAUGGUUGGUAGCAGGACUGGUAGGGCUAGAACACACAGAUGCUAGUCAUACUAGCUCUUCAGAGAUUUCACACAAGUAUUAAAAAUUCUUCUGCCCAAGUUGGUGAGUAACCAUGGCCCAGAUUCCCUGAGUAACCUACCCCUGCUGCCCCUGCUCCUCCCUGGG